CUGAAGGAACUGGAGACAUGUUAUCAACAAAUACUUAAAAGUAUUGUAUAUUUAUUAGAUGAACCAAAUUAUUCGCUCGUUCUGGAAUAUGCAGAUAGUGGAACAUUAGGAAAAUAUUUAAAGAAUAAUAUUACGACGUUUAAGUGGCAAGAUCAAAUGAAAUUUGCUAAUGAAAUGGCAAGUGCGAUUUUAUGUCUACAUGAUAAUGAAAUUAUACAUGGGGAUCUUCAUCCCAGCAAUGUCUUAAUACAUCAACGUACGAUAAAAAUAGCAGAUUUUGGAUGUUCACGUUUACACGGAUCGGUUAUCAACAAAAAAGAAAAACCAUAUGGCGUAAUGCGGUACAUGGAUCCAAAAAUUCUUAAGGAUCAUUCGUAUGAUUUAACCAAAAAAUCUGAUAUAUAUAGCUUAGCGGUAUUAUUAUGGCAAUUAACAAGUUGCAAACUACCUUUCGAAUCUGAGACUGAUGACGAUGUUCUAAAAAUCUGCAUUAUAAAUGGUAAAAGAGAAAUUCCUAUUAAAGAAACAAACGAUGAAUAUGUUGAGCUUUAUCAAAAAUGCUGGGAAUUUGAACCAAAGGACAGGCCAGAUAUUUCGGAAAUAGUUUCUACUCUUAAGAGUAUUAACUCCGAAAAAAAUAAAACUAUCAAGUCUGAAGAAAAUGAAAUAACAAAAGAAUUAGAAAACGACAAUUUAUCGUGUCAAAUUAGAAAUUACUAGAUAUUUCAUAUUUUCUUUAAAACAUUUUAUUUAUUAUUUCUGUUUCUUUUUUUUUAUAUUA